ACUGUGUAUAUAUAGACCAGAAUGUUUCUUUGUUUUACCACUGCGUUACCACCCAGCAAACAUAAUGAAAGCCACACUUGCCGUUGUCGCCGUCUUGGGUCUUUUUGCCCUUAACUGUGUUAGUGCUGAUGGUUACGGAAAUGGAGGUGGAUGGUCCGGGUAUGGUAAUCAAGGAUACGAAAUGGGAGGUUACCAAGGAUAUGGCAAAUCAGGUGGUUACCAUGGAUACUCCGGAUAUGGAAAGAAGGGAGGCUACGUUGACGAAAUCACACACUACCAACCGCUCCCAGUUUAUGGAGGCGCUAUGGCUGGUCCAUAUGCCGUUGGAUAUGGUGGAGAUAUGGCCGGUGGUAUUGGCGGAGGGAUGGACGGUGGUUUGUUCGGACAAGGAGGAGGUCUUCUGAUGUUUUUCGUCUUGCUUCUUCUUUUGAACAACAACAAUGGCAAUGGUUUAUUCGGUCGUUAAUUUUGCAUAAUUGUAGUGUAAGAUUUCAGUAAUGAAAGAAACUAGAAGAACGAAGACACCAGUGAUUUGUUGAGAAGCACAUAAAGAUCGUGUGAACUGUAGUGCAUUAAAAUGAACACACAAUGAAACUGUUCCAACUCUGAUAAAAAUUGUAAAAUGCUAUGCAUUGUAAUUGUAAAAAAUGUAAUACUUAGUAAACGAAAAAUAAAACUUAAAUAUU